UCAGGUGUCCAAGCAACGCUACAUACAAUCGAAUUUCGUCCGGCUAAUGUUGCACCAACAAGAGAUGAACGAUAGAUAGGCUAGCACUUCGAGAUAAACACACUAACAGAUUUACAUCAAUCAUGCUCUAAAAAGUUCGCAUCUGAUGUUGAUAAGAGUUAACUACGUGUGCUCCAGAAAACAUUAGCCAAAAUGUAUGGUCGCUCCCCUCGAGUUACGUCUUUUACAGUGGGAUGUACCCCAUCUAAACUGGGUCCAGGAUCAUACGAAGUCAACCAUUUACAAACCAGUGCAUCGGAUGGCUAUGCACCAUUUCUAUCACUAACUAAGAGACAGACAUUGUUCCACCACUCUGAUGAUGAGUUGUCUACCCCAGGCCCAGGCCAGUACAACUCCUUGGCCAAGAGUCAUGUUGUUGGAGGACAGAGUCUCCAAAAUCGCUCAAGGCGCUUUGAGGAGUCGGUCCCAGCUGUGCCCGGCCCAGGAGCAUAUGAUCUUUCCCUAACAAUUGGAUCUAAACAUAAGGUUACCAAACAGAGGGAGUAUAAGAAAUUGCAGGCUGUACCUAAUCGCAUCAAGUUCAUUCAACAAUCUGACAUCCCCUCCAUCCCAUUUCCUGGACAGUCUUAUGGCUAUGAGGAGAACGACCAGGGACUGCUCUGCAAACAGGCGCCUCCAGACAGAGAUGACACAUUGGGACCUGCUUUCUACAAUCCGCUGAAGGCAGAAAACACAUCCUCGCUGAAGUACAAAGGGAUCCAUUUUGGAAAGAUGACUGGGAAACGCAAAGAAAAUAAGGUUAUCGAAGGCCCUGGUCCUGGUCAAUAUGACCCUGAUGUGCAUGAUGCCCCUUCCUAUGAGAACAUCAACUUGAGGAAGGAGAAGAAGAGCAGGGUGGAGCUGGCCAUCCCUCGUUAUCACGAAAUUGUCACCCUUCAGGAAGAGAAGAAGGGUGUGCCAGGACCUGGUCAGUACCACAUCAAGAGUCAGUUUGAGAAAUCCAGCAGCCUCCACAGAGCCCCUGUAGGCUACAUCCCUCCCUUUCUCUCGCAGGCCCAGCGCUUUACAUCGGUGAAGGAGGUGGCGCCCCCUGUUGGUGCCUAUAAUGACCCACGCUGUGCAUUGGAGCUGCUGAAGAAGACCACUAGCCUAAAGAAAAGCCCGUUUGGAUUGACGGCAGUGCGAUUCGUCUCAGAGAAAAAGAAACAAUCCACUCCAGGCCCAGGUGCUUAUAACAUAUUUGACUACGGGCUUGCUCAGGAAAGCGGUAAAAAGGCGUUCUUGGAAUGCACGAGGAGAGGAGCGUUUGGCUCGUCGGUAUGCCGCAGUCCCCUGUUCAUCAACAAAUCAGACAUUCAUGUUCCUGGGCCAGGACAAUACCAGGUGGAGAAGAAGUCGGAAGAGUUGUACAAACGUCAACAAACUGCGGCGUUUAAGUCCGAAACAGAACGCCUGGCAACCCCGACGAUGACCAAAGAAACCCCUCCGGCCAGCCUGUACAACGUCCGUGAGGCCUAUGAGAAGACCUACGGCCACAGGCGCUAUUCUAUGCCCCGGAAUGAGGACGCCAAGAGGAGACAGGGCUCCUUCCUGAGUGCUACGCCCCGAACGUCCACCUUCAUACGCCCCCACGCCGACACUCCAGGACCGGGCCAUUACAGUCCAGAGAUCAAGUCCAGUGCCAAGCUGGCGUUGAUCGGCUCCCACGAGGACCGCUUCAAGAGCCACAAGGACAUGACCCCUGGCCCAGGCACAUACCAGUUAAGCCCUGCAAUAGCGGACACGGUGCUCAAAGGCACAUUCAACGUGACCCUGCACAACCCACUGGUGAUGCCCAGCCCUGCCCUGAGGCUACACGGCGCCAUGGCAGAGAACCUCUCCAUCCACAGCACGUAGCGGCCAGCCAAAGCUCACCAGAAGUCCCACACGUGGGUGGUCAUUUGAUAACUCACCUUUAACAUUUCUAAUCUCUCUGGCCUUAAGUGGUCACUUUCCAUCCACAACAUAAAUGA